CAUUCAUUCGAAUACCUACGGCAUAUUCCUCCGGUAUCCAGAAAGAAAGAAAUAUUUUUUAUUUUUUAUUUAAACCCUAGUCGGCUAAUAAAUGUGAUUAUUUUUACGAAUUUCCUCGACUUAAAAAAUGAAAGCCAUUAUUCAACGCGUCACAAAAGCCAGUGUUUCAGUCGAUGGAGAAGUCAUUAGCAGCAUUGGAAAAGGUCUGUGUGUCCUGGUAGGAAUUAAAAGAGAGGAUACUCUACAUGAUAUGGAGUACAUAGUAAAGAAAAUUUUAAACACGAAAAUUUUCGAAGGAGAGAAUGGAAAAAAAUGGGCUGCAAGUGUGAUGGAUAAACAUUACGAAGUACUUUGCAUUAGUCAAUUUACUCUUUAUCAUGUUAUGAAAGGUAAUAGAUUGGAUUUUCAUAACGCUAUGUGUGCCCAUGAAGCGGAACUUUUCUAUAAUAAAUUACUAGCUCAACUAGCUGAAGAUUAUAAUCCAGAAAAAAUAAAAGACGGCAAAUUCGGUGCAAUGAUGGAAGUUGAUAUUCAAAAUUCUGGACCUGUGACUUUAGAAAUAGAAUCUCACGGUCUUCAAGAUUAAAAAAUACAACUUCUUAAUUUAUAUGUAUAUAUCCUUGUAUAUCCAAAUAUUAUAUAUUUUUAAAUAUGCGAAA